GGUAGGUCGAGGAAUUUGGAUCCCGUCCUUGCCUCUUCGUGUUUAUUUUAUUUUUCUUAGUGUUUUUCUACAUUUUCUUUCUCAAAUAAUGAUAUCAUCUAUUCAAAUCACGUAUUUAUUGUUUCUUUGUUGGUUUUUAUAAGUUAACAGGAGUUAUAGCUAUAAAUGUAUUUCAUGAUUUGCCAAAAAAAUGAUAUCGGGGUCUCAGCGGAAAAGGCAACAAAGAAAUCCUUUAGUGUUCUUAGAUAUAGUGACUGAUGGCGAGCCAGCUGGACGAAUAGUAAUAGAGCUAAGAGCUGAUAUAGUGCCUAGAACAGCUGAGAACUUUAGAGCAUUAUGUACCGGAGAGAAAGGAAUAGGUACCAAUGGAAAGCCAUUGCAUUACAAAGGAGUUCGCUUCCAUAAAGCGGUGUCUCAGUUCAUGGUGCAAGGCGGAGAUAUUAUCAAUGGAGAUGGUACAGGAGGGGAGAGUAUAUAUGGACCAACAUUUGAAGAUGAAAAUUUUAAUCUCAGGCACGAUCCUGGUGUGGUGAGUAUGGCCAACAAAAAUCGACCACAUACAAAUGGUUCCCAGUUCUGUCUCACGAAUGUGCCGUGUCCUCAACUCGAUGGCAGAAAUGUGGCUUUCGGACAUAUACACUCCGGUCUGGGGAUAUUGGCUGAUAUACAGUCGUAUGCUGAUGAUGAUGGACGUCUUAGUAUUGAGUGCAUAAUAGCGGACUGCGGUGAGAUAUUGAAUACACUGGAUUGGGGCGUGUGUUGCAAUGACGGCACAAGUGACAGACUACCAGAGUACCCGGAGGACUCCGCAUGGAACACGCUGCCUGUAGAAGAGUUACUGUCAUGUAUAAGUGAUGUGAAGCAGAGCGGCAACGCGUACUUCGGUCGCGGACGACACAAGGCUGCGGCGAGGAAGUACACAAAAUGUCUGCGAUAUUUGUCUCAUGCCGCGGAAAUGUUGCAAUCAGACCGCCUUCCUAACCCAGAACAAGUGUUUGGCGUGAUGGCGAUGUUCUCAUUGCAAUGUAACUUGAACUUAGCCGCGUGCCACAUCAAGUUGGCCGACUACAGCGCCUGCGUCAAAUGCACCACUGAGGUACUUAACGUUGAACCAAACAACGAGAAAGCGUUAUACCGUCGAGCGCAAGCUAACUUCGCUCUAAGUAACUACGAAGCGGCCAUAGCUGACCUGAAACACGCGAGCAAUAGUUCACCAAAUAAUAAAGCUGUAAAAAAAUUACUAGACGAAGUCAGGUCAAGUAACAAUAGCUACAAUGAAAUACAAAAACAGAGGCUGUCAAAAUUUUUUCGUGACCAAAAAGAGGGAAACGUCACGAUCGAACAUAACUGAAUUGAAAUUGCACGUCGUGAUAUACAAAUUGUGAUUAAGAAUAUAAUUGAAUUUCGGAAUAUUCCAUUUAAAUGUUAACGCGGAAUAUUAGAUGUUAAUGUGGAAUAAUUUAAUUCCUAUGAAUUUUUGAGACUAGAAUAUAAGUUUAAAACAUAUUUUUAUUUCUAUUUUGGAUGACGAUAUGUUUUAUAUAGAGAUUUUGGCCUCAGAAAUCUACUGUUAAGCGGCAUAUUAAAAUAUGUAUAAAGACAUGUUACGUUUACUAAAUAAACGCAUUGAUGUUCAUUUAUAUGUUAACUUGGAAUAUUCCCACUGAUAUUCCAAUUUACAAUUGGAAUAAAUGAUAUUCCAAUUUACAAUUGGAAUAACUGAUAUUCCAAUUUACAAUUGGAAUAACUGAUAUUCCAAUUUACAAUUGGAAUAUAAAUAUUGUUUUAUACGUAGAUAUAAAUAAGUUAAUUUAAGUGACAAUAGAAUUCAGUAAUAUUUGGAUAUAUUAUCCGGACGGUUUAUUAUCCGGACGUACAACUAAAUGGUUACAUUUUUAGUACAACAUAAAUUAUAGUAUGACAAAAAAUAUUCCGCUAUUAUCCAAGCUUCUUUUAAGUUCAAAUUAUUGUAUUUUGGCUUUUAAUAUUCGAAUUAAAAACACACUAACUUUUUUGGUUGGUGGUAAUGU